AAACUACUGAGUAAACCAGUAACACCAGUUCAAUCACAACCGACAAAAGCUGUUGCUACUCCUACCACCACCAAAACGUCGAAAUCAAGCAGUAGUGAUAGUGAAUCGUCGGAAGACGACAAAAAGAGAAUAAAAUUGAUGAAACAAGGAAAUAAAGAAACUGUGGAACACCAAAAUGGUGCUGAUGAUGAAACUAAUAACCGGGAGGAAAGACCUUCAAACGGAACGCAGAGAAAGACAUCGCCAUUUCGUCGUGUAAAAGAUGAGGACGCUGAUCCGGAAUAUUUGAAACUUGUUGGAAAAAAUUCAUUUGAUAACAAACAUGGUGCUCGUGGUUCUUGGGGUGAAAAAGCUAGUCAGGAUCUCAUUAAUACUCGUGGUAAAAGUUUUCGUCAUGAAAAAACGAAAAAGAAACGUGGUUCAUAUCGCGGCGGAAAAAUUGACACACAAAUAUACUCAAUCCAAUUUGAUGACUCGGAAUAG